GCUGUGACGUCAGCGGGUCCUUACCGGAAGUAGGAGUUAGCCAUUGCCCUUCUGCUCGCUGUCUGUGCUGGCAACCGGUAGACAUGGCGGCUUUUUCAGAAAUGGGCGUGAUGCCGGAGAUCGCUCAGGCCGUGGAGGAGAUGGAUUGGCUCCUUCCCACUGACAUCCAGGCGGAGUCCAUACCCCUGAUUCUGGGCGGAGGCGACGUGCUGAUGGCUGCAGAGACCGGAAGUGGGAAAACUGGGGCUUUUAGCAUACCCGUCAUCCAAAUUGUGUAUGAAACUUUGAAGGAUCAACAAGAAGGCAAAAAGGGCAAGGCCGCGAUAAAGACUGGAAGCUCAGUGCUAAAUAAAUGGCAGAUGAAUCCAUACGAUAGAGGAUCAGCAUUUGCUAUUGGACCAGACGGCUUUUGUUGUCAGAGCAGAGAGAUGAAGGAGUGGCACGGCUGCCGGUCAACCCGAGGAGUCAGUAAAGGAAAGUAUUACUACGAGGUGUCCUGCCAUGACCAGGGAUUGUGCAGAGUGGGUUGGUCUACUCCACAGGCCUCCUUAGAUCUUGGAACCGACAAGUUUGGCUUUGGUUUCGGAGGAACAGGGAAAAAAUCCCAUAACAAGCAGUUUGAUAAUUAUGGCGAGGAAUUUACAAUGCAUGACACAAUUGGAUGUUAUCUGGACAUAGACGGCGGGUGUGUGAAGUUCUCUAAAAACGGCAAGGACCUUGGCCUUGCAUUUGACAUCCCUUCUCAUUUGAAGAACCAGCCGUUCUUUGCAUCAUGUGUUUUGAAGAAUGCUGAACUGAAGUUCAGCUUUGGAGAAGAAGAGUUUAAGUUUCCUCCUAAGGACGGGUUUGUUGCUCUAUGCAAAGCCCCAGACGGCCAUGUGGUGAAAUCACAAAGCAGCGGAAGCGCACAGGUGUCACAAGCCAAGAACGUUCCCAAUGCCCCCAAAGCUCUUAUCAUUGAACCAUCCAGAGAGCUGGCAGAACAGACUCUGAACAACGUGAAACAGUUCAAGAAAUACGUGGACAAUCCAAAGCUAAGGGAAUUGCUCAUCAUUGGAGGAGUGGCUGCGAAGGAUCAGCUUUCUAUGCUUGAGAAUGGAGUCGACAUAGUGGUGGGGACUCCCGGCAGAGUAGAUGACCUUAUUUCAACAGGAAAACUAAAUCUGUCACAAGUCCGGUUCCUGGUACUUGAUGAAGCUGAUGGACUGUUGUCCCAGGGAUAUUCCGACUUCAUUAACAGAAUUCACCAGCAGAUCCCACAGGUCACCUCAGACGGGAAGAGAUUACAGGUGAUUGUCUGCUCCGCCACGCUGCAUUCUUUCGAUGUGAAGAAGCUGUCCGAGAAGAUCAUGCACUUUCCUACAUGGGUGGACUUGAAAGGAGAAGAUUCAGUCCCUGAAACUGUGCAUCACGUCGUUGUCCCUGUCAACCCCAAGAAGGAUAAGCAAUGGGAGCGACUUGGCAAAAACCACAUUCGAACAGAUGGUGUGCAUGAUAAAGAUAACACUAGACCCGGGGGAAGUUCUGCAGAAGCCAUGUCUGAAGCCAUAAAGCUCCUGAAGGGAGAGUACGUGCUAAGAGCCAUCAAGGAACAUAACAUGGAUCAGGCCAUUGUCUUCUGCCGGACUAAGCUGGACUGUGAUAAUUUGGAGCAGUACUUUAUACAGCAUGGAGGAGGACCUGACAGAAAAGGACAUCAGUUCUCGUGUGUAUGUCUUCAUAGUGACAGGAAGCCGCAUGAAAGAAAACAGAAUCUGGAAAGAUUUAAGAAAAGCGAUGUUCGGUUUUUGAUCUGUACGGAUGUGGCUGCCAGAGGUAUCGAUAUCCGUGGAGUCCCUUAUGUUAUCAAUGUAACUCUUCCAGAUGAGAAGCAGAACUAUGUCCACCGCAUUGGGAGAGUGGGCAGAGCUGAGAGAAUGGGUUUAGCUGUUUCUCUGGUUGCAUCAGAAAAAGAAAAGGUUUGGUAUCAUGUUUGCAGCAGUCGUGGAAAAGGAUGUUACAACACCCGGCUAAAGGAAGAAGGCGGCUGCACCAUCUGGUACAAUGAGAUGCAGCUGUUGUCAGAAAUUGAGGAGCAUUUGACCUGCACUAUAUCCCAAGUGGAGUGCGAUAUGAAGGUGCCCCUGGAUGAGUUUGAUGGAAAGGUGACCUAUGGGCAAAGGAGGGCUACUGGGGGCGGCUCCUAUAAAGGACAUGUGGACAUCUUAGCACCAACGGUGCAGGAAUUGGCUUCUCUGGAGAAAGAGGCGCAGACGUCUUUCUUGCACAUGGGCUAUCUACAGAACCAGCUCUUCAGAACCUUCUGAGUUGAGAAAUGCUGACGAUGAGCACCGGAGGAUCCUGCAGCUAGACGCCUCUGUAUACUCACUGACCUGCACUUAUCCAUCUUCAAGAAAUAGGAUGGACAUUCAGAAUUCUUGGAUUUUCCUUUUUUGUUUUUGGUCCGUACUAGACUUUAAUUUGAGAGACGUCGUGUAGUUCUGUUUUGUUCUAGGUGUUGGACGACGUUCAGUGCAUGCAGUGGAAAUCGGAAUAAACGCUUCCAAUAC